CUCUUGGUUUCCUUUUUUUUUUUUUCUAUUCCAAUUUCAGAUUUUACUCGAAAAAAAUCUCGAAUCCGAUUCCUUCUUCUCUUCCGCAAUCUCUAUUUGGAUCAAUGGGGGUGGAUUACUACAAUGUGCUGAAAGUGAAUCGAAACGCUAACGAAGAUGAUCUGAAGAAGUCUUACCGGAGAAUGGCUAUGAAAUGGCACCCUGACAAAAACCCUACGACCAAGAAAGAAGCUGAAGCUAAGUUCAAGCAGAUCUCUGAGGCUUAUGACGUCUUGAGCGAUCCUCAGAGGCGUCAGAUCUACGAUCAGUACGGAGAAGAAGGUCUUAAAUCCACCGAUUUACCUACUGCGGCGGAGACGGCGGCGCAUCAGCAGCAGCGGAGCUACUCUUCUAGCAACUCUGAGUUUCGGUAUUAUCCGCGUGAUGCUGAAGAUAUCUUUGCUGAGUUUUUCGGCGAAUCCGGAGAUACUUUUGGCGGAGGGAGUAGCGGAAGGACACGUGGAGAUGGCGCUGACGGUGGCGGCCGGAGAUUUAAAAGUGCAGAAGCAGGGAGCCAGGCUAAUAGAAAGACUCCGCCGCCGGCGAAUAGGAAGGCGCCGGCUAUUGAGAGUAAAUUGGCUUGCACACUGGAGGAGCUCUACAAAGGUGCCAAGAAGAAGAUGCGCAUUUCUCGCGUUGUUCCCGAUGAUUUUGGAAAGCCAAAGACUGUCCAAGAGAUUUUGAAGAUAGACAUAAAACCAGGUUGGAAGAAAGGCACAAAGAUAACUUUCCCGGAGAAAGGCAACCAAGAACCUGGUGUCACUCCCGCGGAUCUCAUAUUCGUGGUAGACGAGAAACCGCAUUCGGUAUUCAAAAGAGACGGUAACGAUCUGAUUCUCGAGAAGAAAGUCUCUCUUAUAGAUGCUUUAACGGGCCUCACCAUUAGCGUAACCACUCUAGACGGGAGGAACCUAACGAUCCCGGUUCUGGAUAUCGUAAAACCGGGUCAGGAGAUUGUGAUCCCAAAUGAAGGAAUGCCUACUAAAGACCCUUUGAAGAGAGGAGACCUCAGAGUCAACUUUGAGAUCUUGUUCCCGUCAAGACUAACGUCAGAACAGAAGAAUGACCUCAAGAGAGUUCUUGGUGGAAGCUGAUGAGUUUACAUUUAGUUUUCAAGUAAGCUAUUGAUCUUCUUUAACAACGGAUUCCACAGGAAGCUGAUCAAUUCAGUGUACAUACAUGUACGUUUUUCCUUUGUAAACUUCUUGUGUUAUAAGAAAGACUAAAAACCCGAAUCGAAUAAGACUGGAUAUCGGAGAUCUAAUAAUGGCUGCCACAGACAGAACAGAUCGUUUUGAA